AUGUGUCUUUCGGUAGAAGCCAGUCUCUCCGGUCGCCUACGGGGCCUCCUGGUGCUCCUACGGGGCAUCCAGGCUCAUCCGCAGCUCCAGUGCCUCCCGACGGUUUCGCCAGGAGCCGUCGCAGCCUCCAGGGCCUCCUUUGCCUCAGUCUCCGACGUUGAUCUCCAGUCUCCGGCGGGUUCCUCAGGAGCACGACUCUCGCCAGUGCCGCUCAGCUCCAUGUCGCCUCCCUGGCGCCCUGAGCAGCCGAAGUGGCGAUGUCUCCUCCUGUUCACUCCUGGGCCGACUGGUGCGCAGGCGCCGCCGUGGCAGCUGUCUCUCAGCAGCCUCCAGGCGCCGCUGGGCACGCCAGGUCUCGCUCAUCGCCAGUCGCCGCUUUUCGCCAGUGCGCCACUUGCUCCAGUCUCCUCCACUUUCCUCUGGGCUCCUCCCGGUCCUCUGUCUCCGCCUUUUCCUCCGUCUCGCUCUUCCUCUGGUGCCUCCGGUGCCGCCAGUCGCCGUCCUAAUCGCUGGUCGCGCCGGGGCCGCCAGUCGGCCGCCGCUGCUCCAGUCGCCUCCUGUUCCUCCAGUCUCGCCCGGGCCGCCAGGCUCAGCUCGUGCGUCCUGGUCGCCCGGGCCUCCAGGCGCCGCCGGGGCCGCCUGGCCCGCUGUCCGCGGCAGCGACGGCGCCGCGCUGCCCGCCUGGCGCCGCUGGUGCCGCCAGGCGCCUCCUCUGCCGCGGAGCACGAGGAGCCGCAGGCUCGGCCGCCGGAGCCGCCGGCGACGCCGGUGCCGCCCGGCUCGCCUGAUCCGCCGGCUCCGCCGUUGCCGCCCGGUCGCCGCCGUGAGCCUCCCGUCUCCGGCCUUUGCCGCCCGGCGCCCCGGGAGCCUCCGUCUCCGCUUAGCCACCCGGCGCCUCAUUUGCUCGGCGCCUCCGGUGACGCCACGGCUCCUCCUGUGCCGCCGGGACCGCAUUUUCCUCCCGGCUCCGCCGUAGCCGCGUCCUCCGCCGGUAGCCUCCCGGAGCGCGGAGCCCUCCGGGCGACGCAGGUCGAACGGCGCCGCAUGGUAGCUCCCGUCGAAUCUUAUCCUCCCGGUUCCUCUUUAUCCGCCGGCGAGCACGGAGCCGCCGGUCGCCGGAUUCCGACGGCGCGCCUGUCCUACCGGCUAGCCGGAGCGACGGCGCAGUCUGUGCAGCCGGAGCUCCGGUGA